AUGGCAGAUCUAUCAAGAUGUCUCCCUUUGACUCGGGAAUCAGUUUCCAAGGCCCAUGAGCUCAUCAAGCCUCUGAUUCACGAAACUCCCGUCCUCACCAAUAAAACACUAAACCGGAUGGCCUCGACUCCUAACGAGCUGCCAGGCAAUGCUCGACCUGCAAAACCAGUCAUCCGACUCUGGUUCAAGUGCGAGAAUUUGCAGCGCAUGGGCGCCUUCAAGGCUCGUGGUGCUUUCCAUGCAAUUGAGAGGCUCAAGCAGGACCCUGAUUGGAUCGCGGAUGGUGGGAUGAAGAAGGGAGUCGUUGGGUUUAGCGCGGGAAACCAUGCCCAGGCCCUUGCUCUGGCUGCCCAAGCGAGCGGUAUACCCUCUUACAUUGUGAUGCCGGACGGCACCCGCCCCAACAAGAUCGCUGCCACAAAAGGUUAUGGAGCAAAGGUUACGCUUUGUGAACGAUUUGGAAGAGAAGCCGCCGCAGCAAAGAUCACAGCCGAGACUGGUGCGCGGCUCGUGCCCCCGUUCAACCAUCCCGACGUCAUGCUCGGCGCAGGCACAGCUGGUCUCGAGCUCCAAUAUCAAGUCCAAAAGCUUGGUUCCACCCUCGAUGCUAUUAUCGCGCCUUGCAGCGGUGGUGGCCUCUUGUCCGGGACCGCGCUUAGUUGCGAAGGCACCCCGAUUCGUGUGUUUGGUUGCGAGCCAGAAUUCGAAGGCGCUGAUGAUGCAAGACGCGGGUUCAUCAAAGGUGAAAGAAUCACAGAGGUCAAGACGAGUACCAUCGCUGAUGGCUUAAUCGGUGUAGUCGGACCCCUCCCUUGGAGUGUUAUAUACGAGAGGAAGCUCGUCAAGGCCAUGUAUGCUGUGACAGAGGACCAGAUUCUCGAAGCUACGAGGCUUAUCCUGGAACGAAUGAAGCUUUUCGUGGAGCCCAGCGCUGCAGUUCCUCUGGCUGUUGUCUUGUUCAAUGAGGAGUUCAGGGCCAUGGUGGAACGAGAGGCGGGAGAGAAUGGGUGGGACGUAGGGAUUAUCUUGAGCGGUGGAAACGUGAGCGCUGAGGGAUUGGCAAAGCUCUUUGUACCCUAG